AGAGGUUUUACAAAGUGAUACAACAAAUAAAGGAGGAAAAAGAAUCCAGGAUCAUUUUUUUUUCUCUCUCUCCAUUAAAUGAUACUCUCUCUUAUGCUUUUCUGUUGUCAAAAGCCCUCUCUACAUUCUGUAUUGUUAGGUCAUCAUCUCCUAUAGUUUGCACAAUACGAUGUAUUAUGGAUUGCUCACAAAGCAGCAGAUAUGAAUUCUUUAUAAUGGAUUUAUUCUUUUCAAUUUUUUGUCAUCUUUGGGCUUAAUAGAAAUAGUGCAGCAUGUUAUAUUGUGUGAUCUGUUCCUAAAUAGAUAAAAGAUUUCUGUGUUUUGAAGGAAACAUUUAUAUUGGUUAAUUUGCUGCAUUGCCUGCAGGAAUGUUAGUCUGCAGGAGGAAAACAACUGUUUCCUGACAAGAUUUUUUCCUUAACUCUGUUAGAAACUCUUAUUUUAACAGUAAAAUAAAGGGAAGUAAUCCAUAAACAAUUACAGAAUGGUAUCUUCAGGAAUGUUUACCACCCCUCAGACAGAACACCUAAGACUGUGAGAUACAAAGGUGUCUUUUCUUAAACGAAGAGAGGCUCUUGCUUAAUCCCCUGCCCAGCUUGGAAGCCCCAGCACUAGGCUGGCGUGAGUGUGCAGACAUGAAGCUCGACAUUCCCCCCGUGGGUAUCAGGUUCCCCGGCCCACUCUUUGGAGAGCCACAAGUCUAACUGUAAUAGAAACAGAAUGUGUGCUUUUCCUUAAAGAAAUUAAACGCCACUGUCCGCAAUGUGCAAAAGACUGUGAAAUUGAAAGUGUGUCCCUGGAGUGGAUGAAAAAAAUAAUAAUAAGUGGCAACUCAAAAACAGACUACUGGCAAAUAAUCAAUUAUCUUCUGAAUUACUAUACAAAACUACGGUUCAUUUUGCCAGCCUGUUGGGGCAAGCGCUGCACGCAGGAGGCUGUCAGCUUGGAUGGGGUAGUUUUCAGUUGCCUUCCAGGGGUACCUUCCUGCAAACCCCGGCUGCCGGAGAGACGCAACUGUAGAGCUCGCGUCACUGGUUUGCGGAACUAACUGCGAAAGAGCAAACUCAUCCCGAAAGCAAUCUGUUGCCUGUUUCAUCUUGGUGGAUACAGUGUGACUCAUACAGCUUAAUUUUUAAACCUGGGGUAACAGGUACACUUCCCGAAAGAUUAAAGACCGGGUGAGGCUUUGCUGGAACAGCUCUAUUUCAUGAACUCGGGUGGAAUCUCUUUGCCUCCAGAGGGACUUAGAGCUGGCUUAAGCACAGGAAAACAGGAAAAGGACGGAGGUUUUACUACAGGCUGCUCGUAUAGAUAAAAUGGGUCGAAAUUUAGAUGGUUUUGGAAGGAGGCCUAAGAUUAAUAAAUGGGGGUGGGGGGCAGUGCUGAUGGCCAGCUGGCUGAGGUUUCGUGUCGGUAAAAGUUUAAGUGAACCAGAAAAUGUAUAUAUUAAGGUUUAAUAAACAGUGAACAUUCCGGAUAAACUUUCCAGAAAUGCAGGCCCAUGGAAACAUGUGAGAGCAUUCAGCAUUUCUACAACUGAAGAAGACUAUCAUAGACGAAGCAGCUUUGGAACCCAGCUGACAGAGAGAUUGUACAGGAAGGAAAUAUUGCGGCAGAAAGAUCGUCAAAUCUCAGUGCCCUUGUUUACUUUUUAAAAUGGGGAGAAAACUGACCAUUUUCAAAAUCUGGCUACCAGAGUUUAAGUUCCCUUACUGUAGAGUAGGGGAUAUCCACUCCUUAAUAAAACCCCCACCGCUCCCCCACAUAGUCAGUCCUGACCACGCUCCACGUCCCCCCUACUGCACGCAGAUACACGUGCACACGUGUGUGAUUAUACUCAUUUACAGAUGUGGACAUGGAUGCUAAUUGUUCAACAAGGACAGAUGAUUAAUAAAUGGCAGUACUGGGGUUUAUCAAGUCACAUUUAGUCAUUAUACAUACCAUUUCUGUUACAGCGCAUAAAUCACUUUGUCUGUAGGCCACAGAAUAAACUGUCUUUUUUACUGACAUUUGAAAUCACAACAAUUCUUCAAUAGCCUGCUAAUUUACUCUUCCAUGAUGUACCUAUUCUUCAGCCACUCCUUAAAAAAGCAUAUUUUUUAAGUAGUUAAUAGCACGCACGGCUGAAGAAGAUGACGACAGACGAUAGCACAGAGAAGUAUACAGCGAAAAUAGAUCUGCUUCCCUGCUCUGUGGUAUCCCGCCUCAGAGGUACCUACUUCCCCAGGUUCGUAGGUUUUCUUCCUAAGUUAAGGAUGCCUUGUAUCCACUACUAUCCUCCACUACUUUUCUGGUUUACGUAGACAGGAGCACACAGUACGUGGUUUAUCUCGUUGCUCAUUUUCACUCCAGCUAUUAGCAAAAUCUCAGUCAGGUCUGCCGAGUCCAUCAGAGGUGAAAUUAUUUGCUGUGUUGCAAUACGAGAGGCUGCAUGAAAUUAAGUCUUGACUUGACUUGGCUCUUUCUCAACUUGUAAAGGAGAGAAUAUUCUCUCUUUGUAUCUUGCAGCAUUAUUAAUUGAUAUGUUGUCAGCACUUCCAUAAAUAUUUCUAUGCUGUAGUGAUUUUUCUCAUUGAAAUGUAUGCUGUGACAAUUCAGCACAUUUCUCCACCUAUUAGAUCAGAUACCAUCAGUGAGAAGAGAGUGAAGCAACUCUUACUAGGUACAUCAAUUCUUUCACGCCUAAAUUACAUUACACUGCAUUGAAUACUAUUAUGAAAGUUUGGAAUAAUAUAGCACUACAGAACCAUUUAGGCUACCCAGAGGCCUGGAGAAAACUGAUAAAUCUCUAAAGAGGGAGUUGACUCUUUUAUACAAUAAGAUCAAAAUCGUGAUAAGUUACUUUGCGCUUAAUUCUCCAAUAUUACAGAAUAUUACAAUAUAGUGCCCCCUUUAUUGGUAAUUUUCCUGUUCAUUAGUACAUCAACAAUUGAAUUUAUGAGUUCUGAAGCUUAUUUUUUAUCUUGGUGUUUUGAUAACCUGACUGACAUUGGGUUUUCGUACUGUGCAGUUGUCAGGCAUACUGGGUGUUUCAUUGACAAUCUCUGCUAAUUUAGGGGAUUUUUGCUACCCAACAAAUGAAAACAAACUACCAUUGUAAGAUAUGCUUUUUAAAAGUCAGCCUAUUCUUUUUGCUCUCUCAGAAACCAGUUGAUAUCUACCCUCUCAUAGACUGACCAAAAUAUUGCAGACCACUUAAGAUGUCAUUCUGGGACAAACUCAAGACAUGAGUAUUCUAUUAGAUUAAAUACAAGGUUUCAUUCAACAUGUGGAGAAAACCUAGUUGCGUUCUUACGCUAAUUGAAGGUUCUAUUUGCCCAAGAGCUUCUGGAUCACAUCUUCCAAUUCAGAAGAACAUCUAGUUUAAUUUCACACAUUAAAAUGCAUUGGUAAUGCAUUUAGAGAAUGCUUUGGGUUCCCAAGGACAGAAUUUCCUAGAAAUUUAGGUUGGCAAUUGUGGUUAAUAGAUUAGUUCAACUCAAAUUGUUGAAGAAAUGGUAGCUAUGACAAUAGAAGAGGGGGUCGUUCCCAAAAUAUUUCUGCUUAGUUGGUUCUGUUCUGAUUUUUAUCAUCUUGUAUCUCAAAUUGUUUCCAAAAGGCUAAUUUGGGUUUUUGAAUAAAUCCAUUGACCUUAUUUAUCAUUCCUUCUGUAGAUUUCUUUCUUUCUAUUUUUUUUUUUUUGCAUAAUUACCAUAGAAUGUGUGGAUAUUGAGUAGAGAAAAGAAGAAACUUAUGAACUUGGUCAGGUACAGGGGGGGAUUCAUUGGUGGGUAUAGGUGGUGUGGCUGCUUUGACUCCUUCCUGGCUGUGAAACCAUUUGUUGGAUGAACAUUCAAGAACACUCACAGAAUAAUGAAAUUUAGGCAUGAAAGAACUGACCACCUAAGUAAGAGUUGCUUCACUCUCUUCUCACUGAUGAAAUGUCAGAACCAGUGAGAGAGAAAGAAAGGGGAGAUGUUUCCUGGAAGGGACCAUCAGUGUGCCCAUGUGCCCUGGAGGCCGGACCCUUUGAAUUUUCCACAGCCUAGGUCCUAUCACUCAGUCCCCCAAUAAGGAGGCAGACAUCCCCCAAAUGCCCCUGUGCGAUGCCUAGAGAGUUCUACUUUGUAAGGAAUAACUUAUGUACCAUGAGCAAUGUGUUCUUAAGGCUACCCUAAUAUCUGUUUUCCAAAUGACAACUUAUCCCUCCCAAGAGAGAGAAUAUGAGGGAUUUUUUAUUUUAUUUUAUUUUUUUAAGGUUCUGAUGAUGGUUUUUCUAGUCCUUCCCUCUUUUCUUUAGUAGCUCCUACAGUUCAUUGCCUCUCAGGGAACACCUGGAAUGGGCAAAUAGUGUUCUUCCCAGGUUGUAAGUUUUAUAUUAAACCUGGGAAAGUGAGCUCUAACUGCAGUUUUCACUUCAUUCUUUAGCUUCCAAAUCACAAAAUUAUUAUACAUACCUACAGUUUUCAGAACAUUAGGUUGAGUACACUGUGUACCAUAUAUUCUAUUACGUAUUUGUGAAAUCUUUUUUUUUCCUAAAGUGUAAAGAAUUCUCCUUAUUUUCCACACUAUCUGGCAUGACCUACUAAAAACGUCUCAUAGGGAACUCCACCUCCCUCUUAUCCCCAUAGUCUGGUCAAGUGAAAGAACUCGUUGCUGUUUACAUAUAGGCUUCUCUUAAUUGCACUAGGCUUCUGCUUUGUCUUAUGUAACUAUUAUAUAAUUCUUGAAAAUUCUUGAAUUUUCACCUUUACUCGGAUAACCUUGGGAGAACCCCACCUAAACACAUUCACGGACACACACACACAUAGACCCAUCUGUCUGACGGUCAGAUCCUUAACAUACCCCAACAUCACACAAGCAUAUGCCUCUUCUGACACAUUCUAUGCAUUGCAUGCUAAAAGAUUCCAUUGGGAUUUACCAAAUUUAUGUUUUCAGGCUAGUCAUUUAUCAUUACAGACCUAUUGUCUCAUCCUUGCUAAUUAAAUUUGCUGAGAGUGAGGAGGAUUCCUAAAACAGAGUUCUAUGAUAGCUUUAAAUUGAGCUGAAUAAAAAUCAAUGGGGAUUAGAGAAAGGUAGUCUUGAUAUCAGAAUAGCAUUAGAUUUCAUAUCCUCAUUGGAAAUGUUAUUUCUUUUCUGGAACUCUCUCUUCCUUCAUCAUUAUAAGAAAUGAGAUAUGCCUUGGCACUCAUUUGUGUGUGUGCAUGUGUGUGUAUGUGUGUGUGUGUGCAUGCACGCAUGUUUCUCCUGUCGUGGGGUCUAGUGAAACCAGAUUCUUUGGGUGGACAGAAGAAAAGGACAGAUUUCUUAAUGUUUGCUUUUACUCGACUGGACUUUUAAAGACAGCCUUCUUUAUGUUUUCCAUUUAUAGUGUAUACCUGCUUAUCCAUAUACUUUCAGAUCAAUAAAAGAGUGGAUAUUUAAAAGUAUCCGUGGUAGCCAACAGCUGGAAUCAUGCCAGGCAUCUUUACAUUUUAAAUUCUUCCUGGGCUCUAGAGGCAGAUGAGGCCAACUUUCCUUUUGACUCAGCAGGCAAGUUUUACUAUGAUAAGAGUAUUGCUAUUUUAAAAAGCAGCUCUUGACAAUCUAACUCCAGAAAGCAUUCCCACCCUGUGAAAUAGUACAGAGGCCCCUGCUUCCUUAUUGAUGAAACACUGGAAAAUAAUGCCCGUGAGAAGCAAGUUUAAUCAUUUGGUAGCUUAGCUUCUGACUCCUCAGUAGGUUUCUAACCCAACUGCCACGCCAGAUCUGGUGUCCCAGUUUUUCUUACUGGGCAGGUAGAAGCAAUCUAAUCUUCUCAGGGUUGGCACACAACAGAAAUUUGGCUUGAUGAACCCCUCUGGGGGGGGGGGGAGCUUGAUUUGGUUGUCCACAAGGAUUCAUUCUAGGCAUAAGUUUAGCCUUUCAAGUGUUACGGGAUACCUUCCUGAUUUUCUCACUGCUUCAUUAUAACCCAGGUUUCAUUUCUAAUCUAGUUCUGACUUAGAGUAGCCUGUCACAGAGCUUGCCCUAAAGCUUCUGGAUAUUUAGAACUCUUGAUGUCCAGUAAACAGUGUAAGGUGAUCAUUUGUCAGCAUCAAGAAAAAGUUUAUCUCUGGAUAUCUCUAAGUGUGAGAGCAACCUGUGGAUAAUAUUAAUUAAUUAAUAAUCGUACAGAUUUAUUUAUUUUGUACAUGAAUAAUCUUGGGGAGAUAUAUUUUGUUGCUAACACUACUUAUGUGUCUGAUUAUUUGCAGAAGGAAAACUACUUAUUCCUAAUCUGAGUCAUUUGAUCCAAAACAGCAUUCUUUUAACCUUGAUCUAAUUUGACAUUGUUGAAAGAGUUGUUAUAAAAGGUGUUGAAGAAGCAAUGAAAGCCUCCCUAGCUCACGUCACUUACUCUGUAGUACUCCAGGAUAUUAGUGGAACCUUUGCAAGUGUAGAUCUCAGUGUGUGUGCGUGUGUGUGCGUGUGUGUGUGUGUAGGGUACUGCAACAAAUGUAUCAUUAUAGGAGACAUAAACAUUAGAGCUUAAACCAUAUAUUUUUCUGUGAGAAACAAAGCUUAUAUGUGGGGAAAAGAUAGCAUCAGCCUCAAGAGUCUGGAAUAUAUCAGACUUGCCAAUACAAUAUAUCACAAUGAAUUUAUCAGUCAUGAGUCAUAAUAAGGUGAUUACCUUUUCAGUGAGGAGGAUAUGAUUAGUGACAAAAGGUAGUGGCAGAACUUGAUGGUGGAGGCUAGGAACAUGGAGGGAAUAUGGUAUGUGUGAUGUUUCCAAACUGUGUAUUCUGUAUUUUCAGACUCAACUGACAACAUAUCACAAGAUGUAAAGCUAUUGCCGUCUAUUUUUGUUACACCUUGUACUACAUUAUCUAAUAAUUGUAAUCUUGUUUCCAACAUUGGACUAUGAGGUCCUAUAUAUUUUAUUUAUAUAUCUCUGGAAUCUGUCAACGAUUGGUACUUAAUACAUAUGAGUUUUGUUAAAUAAAUGUGUAGGAGCCAUUUGGGCCACCAACUGUAUCCAGGUCAUGAUUUGCCAAGUGUUGGCUACUUCAGCUUGUAAAGGGUCAUGGCCUGAGAUACCAUAUUUUCUAGUUGAAAACCAGUUCUUAGAGAAGAACAGAAAGUCUCUUGAAUAUGCACUGUGUGUGUGUGUGUGCAAAUACAUACAUAUAUUUUUAACACAGUAUGUUUUAGAAUGAAGUCUUAAGAUAACAGAGCUGGUAAAACUCACAUUAGAAACCCCUGGUCCAACUUCUAAUCUCAGGCUUCAGUAUCCUCCAAAAUUUAUCAGUCUCCUGAUUGGAUUCUUCUAUUAUUAAAAAUUGAUAAAAUACUCCCACUUCUCUCUUUUCUUUAUAUUUUUUAGGUAAAAUGAUUAAGUGUAAGGGCUUAUGAAAAAUAACAAGUCAUAGAGACUCACACAAAUGGAGGUCUGUUCCCUUGUAUUUAUUUUCUCUUUACAAAGCAAUCCUAAUCCAUUUUAUGACGAUGUGCUUGGUGCUUGGAAGUUACAUACAGCAUUGAGUUACACCCCAAUUCGUGUUACUAAGAUUGAAAGUGGGUCGAAGUCCCAACUGCCCUAAACAAAUAGUUACAUAGAGCAUUAGUGCUCUUGAGGAUGAGUGAGACAAUCAGGAGAUUGUCACCAUUUUUGUCAAUAAUGUAUCUUUUCUUUCUUUUUUUUUUUUAAAGAUUUUAUUUAUUUAUUUGAGACAGAGAGAAUGAGAGACAGAGAGCAUGAGAGGGAGGAGGGUCAGAGGGAGAAGCAGACUCCCUGCCGAGCAGGGAGCCCGAUGCGGGACUCGAUCCCGGGACUCCAGGAUCAUGACCUGAGCCGAAGGCAGUCGCUUAACCAACUGAGCCCCCCAGGCGCCCCAAUCUUUUCUUAACCUGAUUGGUGCUAAGUACUGUGCCAAAAUUAAAGCCAAAUAACAUGAGACCCUUGGCUAUAAACAAUUACAAUUUUACAGGGACUUUUGAUUAUCCCGAUACACCCUCCAUUCAAACACCGAUGAUUAUACAAUAUAUUAGAUGUUGUGCAACAUCCUGUCUCCAGGAUUCAGUAAUGUGAUCUCUAUGAUAGUUCUGGAAAUGGAAUGAAAUCAGUGAUAGGAGGUGGGAAUAAGAACAACAGUUAAUGAAAUUAAAUGGGAAAGCUCCUUUUUCCAAUCCUCAAGAUUAUUCAUGGGUCAAGACUCUUACCUACUCAAAAUGAGACCUGUGGACACUGUAGCUUUCAGAUUCUUUUUAUAUUCAUAUUAGCUCUUGGCUCCAGAUUAGUGAAACAUCUAUGCAAACUUAAGUCCACACCAUAGAUUGUCUAGGUAACAUCGGACAUAGACCUUCAAAAUAACCUGUUGCCUUUCUGUGAUUUUCAGAACAAAAGAAAAAGAAAAAAAAAAGUAUCCAUAAAAAUGUUCCUAAAAUAAAUAGUAAAAAAAAAAAAAAGAAAAAGAAAAACCUCCUGAAAAGUACAUUUCUUUUGCAUCAAACCCACUUUUCAUUUUGCACUGACUUCCAUCUUAUGGACAGAGAUUCAUUGGUAAGGGGAAGGUGUUGCUCUGAAUAAACUAAGGUUACAUAAAUAUUUUAAAAUCGCAAACUUAAAAUAGGUAACUUUCUGAUAUAAAACAUUAGCAAUGAUAUUUUAAAAUAUUAAUACUGAUGUUUUAAGGUAAUCAAUAAAUCACAAAAUAUGCUGAAAACAUAAUUUUGUCCUGGAAAAAUUGAUAAUGUUAUUGCCACACAAUUUUAUCUGUACUAGAAGCAGUAAUAUAUAAAGCUUCGAUUUUUUUUUCAGCUUUCCCUCAUUGAUAAAGUCUUUUUGUUGUCAUAUAGCAACCUUAUAAUAUAUUUUAAUAAGAGGAAAUGGUGCAUAAAGCUCAAAAACUAGACUGAAUAUUUAUCAAGGCUAUGGACUGUGCCUAUUUUUAUUUACCACUGCAUCUUCAAUGUCUAGCACAGGGCCUUGAAUGUGACAUAAAUAGUUAAUAUUUAUCAAGUGCGUAUUACGUACAAGUCGUUCUCAGCACAUUACAUGUAUUAGCUCAUUUAAUCGUCACAUCAAUCCUAUGAGGUAGGUGCCACUUUACAGAUGAGAAAACUGAGGCCCACAUUGGUGAAUUAAAUUGCCGCACAUCAUAUGGUUAAAAUCCAAACUCUGGACAUCUGGCUCCAGACUUUGCCCCUUAAUUACUAUGAUGCUAGACUGUGUGCAUUAGACGAACUUUGAAUGCUAACUGAAUAAAAGAAUGGGAGUGAGUACACAUGAAAAUCUAUCUUUUCCUAUUAGUGCUCGCCACCUCAAUGUUUUCAAAAGAAAGCAUGAUGGCACAGGACACACAUAUUUAUUAAAGGAAAGUGGGUGUGGGUAUGUUUGAGAGGGCAUGUAGGAAGACAGGCAGUGUAAAUGAAUUUAGGUCUUUAUGAGUUCUUCGAGGUCAUUUAUAUAUGUAAUUAUCUAAUAAUUAUUAAGAUUAUGAUGAGCUAGGUAAUGUUUUUUAAGUGCUCCCUUCAAAUUAAUACCUAUGAAUUAUAUGUGAGAAGGAAAAAGAAUUGAUCAAAAUAUUUGUCUCAGGCAAAAUCAAUUAGUAUUCUUUUUUUUUUUUUUUUAAGAUUUUAUUUAUUUAUUUGACACAGAGAGAGAUAGCGAGAGCAGUAAUACAAGCAGAGGGAAUGGGAGAGGGAGAAGCAGGCUUCUUGCCGAGCAGGGAGCCCGAUGUGGGACUCGAUCCCAGGACCCUGGGAUCAUGACCUGAGCCAAAGGCAGACGCUUAACGACUGAGCCACACAGGCGCCCAUCAAUUAGUAUUCUUUGUGCUAUAGUGAUUGACCAAUUCCUACAUGCGCUAUUUUGCUAAUGUCACUCAUUUCCUGCAACUUCUAGUUUUCUUAACCUAUAAAAUAGGAAUGAUAAUUAGAAUUGAGUUUGAGAACCACUGAAAAUUACUCAGCAAAUGCAGACAUUUUUGAGAAAUCAUGGAUUAGAGGGUUAUGGAAUUUCAAAGGAUGUUUGUGAGGCCCGAGAAAUGGGGGUAGGAAUAAUUCAUACUUUUCUUCUUAAGCAAGCAAAAGCACCUGAACUUGUUUAGCAGGCCAUAAGCUAGCUAGGUUCAACAGGAAUUUUAACUGUGUAAACAUUGAAAUUGAGAUACUAUGUUAUUGUCUAAAUUUCAGAGAAUAUAUUUGCCCAGAGUAAUUUCAGAGUAGCCAGCUUAUCAGUUUAUCUAAUUUCUUGGUAAAAUAUGUUAACAAUGUAGAAAAUCCUGUCCCUAAUUGCUAAUUUUGCAGGUUUAUUCUUAACACUUUUAUUUGGUGGAAGUGUGUGUGCAUGUGUGUGUGUGUGUGUGUGUGAGUUAAUGGAUCUCUUCCUGUCACUUUCCUCUUUUUUGUAGAAUUCUCUUCUCUGAAUUGCUUGACACUAAGUGAUAUAAAUUUUUAAAUACAGGCAGAAAAGCUGUUAUUUUUUAUUUAGCUUUUACUGUGUAAUGGAAUUUGUGACAAGAUUAUUUGCCACAAUGUUAUUUUGUGUCUUGAUUAGUGUUCUUUGUAAAAGACCCCGAGAUAUGUGUACAAAAGGCACUGUAUGAGCUGUGAAUGGAGGGGCAAAUGACCUUUAUUCAAAUGUAGCCAAGUAGUCAUUACCAAAGUUUUCAGCAAUUUGAACUGCCUAACUAGAGACAUGACAACAGUAAUUGUGGAUGUCCUUAAAGGAUAGCUGUAUACAUUUUGAUCAGUAAGUACCCUGAGUACACUUUGAAAGAAGCAAUUAUUACUAGGUAUAAGUUUUGCUUGACUUAAGUCCUUUACAAUUGGCCUUUUAGAAACUUCUUGGGCAGCCCUCGCCGACUGAAUAUCUUCCCACUAACAACAACAUGGCCCGGUGUUGUACAGCAGAAAUAUGUUUGCCAACACUCUAAUGACUUGCUAUCAAAAGUCUUUUGUCUCCCAAAUAGAUGAAACUGAGCUCCAGGGCAAUGCCAGUGUUACAGGUGUUUGAGUUAGACAGUGGCCAACAGCAGAGUAUCAGCAAUGUAAACUUUCUUGGGUAAAGGUUAGCUCUCAUUUUUAAAAGCAUUACAUUUUUUAUUGCAUAUAGAAAAAAAAAAAUUGGCCAAUAUUGAAGGUCCCUGAGCCGGGCAACCCCAUGGCUCCAUCACCCAUCCUCAGCGUUGCACAGUGCAUCUCCCAAAGCACUGAUUUUCUCAAGUGUUCCCAUAGUAGAAUGUUUUGUUUUCAAACCAAGUCAGACUCAGAACCCAAACUAUAAAAUGGAUAAAAACAACGAAAGGAUAGUUUUCAGUCUUUAGCACUUGUCAGAAAAUACUUAAUUGCAGUAUCUGUAAAACAUCUUUUGUUGGAUUGGUGCAGACCCCUCGUUCCCACUGAGCCCAAUUUGAAAACUACCAGGCUGUCCACCGGGCGGAGAGCUCUUCAGAACAGAAACUAUGCCUUUAGUUCCUGUCACAAUGUUGCAAGGAAGUCAGUACCUAACUAAAGACUUCGUCAUCUAGGAUUUACUUAUCCAGCUCUCCCAGACACUGAGCUUUGUGUGAGGAGGAACAUGCACUUCAUUCCUUGGAAAGUCCUGCAAACUCACUUUGAAGCUAUGUUCUUUCUUCACAAAGAUCAUGUAACUUGGUUGUCAAGUUUUCCAUGCCUCCUAGAGACAAGAGACAGCCUCACAGCAAGAGGGAAGCAAAAUAUAUAAAAAUCAGAAAGAGGAACAUGUAUAUAACUGAUGUACGUACAUCAUUUGGGAUCAUUUUAAUAUAGACUCAAGUAAAUCUAUGUGUCCCUGAGUGCCUAUUAUAUUACAAUACAUUGCAGCUACAGUAUAAGUAUCAGUAAUUAUGACAAAAUCCGUUGCUAACAUAGGUUAAAUUAAUGGAGCAUCUUCCUAUUUUUAAAAGCGUGGAUUAUGCAUAAGAAGGGUUUCCGUCACGUAAUUAAAUGCCAUGCCUCUCUCUCUGUGUGUCAGUCUUCCUCCCUUCUUUUCUCUCUUCCCUCUCCUCAACCUACCCAUUGUAAUAGAAUGAGUCCAUCAUCGAGGCUGUGAAAUAAAAUCUGUGUUCAAUUUCUGGCACUUUCACUUUCUAGCUCUGCGACCUUGGGCAAUAAUGUUACUCAGUAAUGUUAUAUUCUCUUUGUCACUGUAGUAAUGAGGUUUAAUGAGAUAAGUGGUGGGCAGUUUAGUUAGUACUUAAUAAAUGUUUUUCGUUCGUGCUCAACAGAGAUAAACUUCAGUUAUUUAUACUUUAUCAUCUUCUAAAUUUCCUCUUGUAAACUCAGUAUUUAUGCCAUGUUACCUUAGUUUUGGUUAUUGCUGCUUCACAAAUCACCUCAAAACUUGGUUUAAAAACAUGUUAUUUCUCCUGAUUAUGGGAGUUGACUGGCACAGAUAAGCAGUUCUUCCCCUUCAGAAGGUGAUAUUGGCUGAGGCUGCCAUCCUGAUGACAGGUACUGGAAUGUUCCGUAUGGUCACUCAGAUGUCUGGUACCUUGGUGGCACUGUGGGAAACUCAAGUUCAGCUGAGACACUGACCAGCUGGGCUUCUCUCUACAUUAGUCUGAGAGGCUCAUCCUCUCACCGUGGCCUCUCCAUGCGGCCUCUUGACGAGAAUGGCUACUUCUUACAUUAAAGAUUGGGCCCCCCAAAGUGUAAAAGCUCACAUCUACAAUUGGCUCAAUGCUGCUUCUAUGGUAUUCUGUUGUGGAAAGGGAGCCAGGAUCUGACAAUUCACUGUUGGAGGUGACUCAAGAAAGGUGGGAAGUGUGGUUGAUUGGAGGCCAUUUUGGAAACCAGCUACCACAGUAUUUGUUUUCUAAUUCUUUGUCCCUGGCUUAUCCCCAUGACCCUGACAGUGUUGUACCUUACUUAGCAUUACAGAUGAGGCCUUUUUACAAUUCUGCUUUAAUUUGGAAGCAAACAAUGCUGGCAACUUUACAGGUAUCAACAUAUGAGAUGAUAGCCUUUGGUCUAGCUUCAAAAAAGUUUGUUCCGGGGGCACCUGGGUGCCUCAGUCGCUUAAGCGUCUGACUCUUGUUUUCGGCUCAGGUCAUUAUCUCAGGAUUGUGAGAUGGAGCCCCACAUUGGGCUCCAGGCUCAGCGGGGAGUCUGCUUGAGAUUCUCUCUUUCCCUCUCCCCUAACCCAUCCCCCUGCGCUCUCUUUCUCUCUAAAAUAAAUAAAUCUUUUUUUGUAAAAAAAGUUUGUUCCAAUGUUGAUGAAUAGCACAGCCCAUGAAUAAAAUAAAUACAGUAUAUUUUUAUAUAGGAUUUGCUUUAUAAAAAAAGAAAAAGCCUACUAAUUUGCUAUUACUACCAAACCAUCCCAAACAUAAUGAGGUUAGUUAUGAAUUGGGCCAUGGUCCUUUUAAAAUGAAAUUCACUUUCUCACAUCCUUUUCAUUGAGGUCCAUGUUAAAAGUGGCUAGAGCAAAAAGAAUGGAGAAAUAUUUUGCUGUUAAACUCAAAAAAAAAACAAAAACAAACUUAACAGGGUUUGAGAGCACUGUAGAUUACCACUGGUUUUCUGAAAUGAGUUAUUUUGUCCAGUUCAUUCUGAUAGUUAAAUUUUGAUGUACAAAAAAAAAAAAAAAGGUACAUAUUGUCAUUAAUCCUCCCACAAACUCAUAAUGUUUCUGAGUGAGAGGCCUCUGAGAAUCAGAUGGACCCUCUGUCUAGAAAAUGCCCAUAUGCUCUAAAUUUUGCAUACAGGAUCAAGGGUUUACAGCUACAGUCAAAUGCAUCUCUGAAUCCCAGGUUAAGAACCCCAGUUGUAAAAGUCAUUAAAUCCCUAACGAGAGCAGAAAGGUAAGUUUCUCUUGAUAUGUUAUUUCCCAAGGCAGGACUUAGCUGUUUACAAUGAAAAGUUACUUUGUCAACCAUGUGGACAAUCACCACUGCUUUGAUUCUAUUACAAAUAUUAUACCCAUUCCAUUCUAAUCAUCCUAUUCAGAGGUAAGGGAUGGGGGGGGGGUGGGGGCCAAAAUUAAAGAAAUACAACCAAAAAUAAAAUUAAGAAGUUGUAGUCUAAUUCACCUAUGUUUCUGAUGGUUCGGAGCCUUCAUUAAUGUUUGUAGAAGGAGCACAGGGAUUUGGAUUUCAAUACUGGGCUUAAGGUGCAGCUCUUGGACCUUCGGCAAAUACUUUAAGCUCCCACUGUCUCUCCCUUUCUGCCUGCCUGUGCCAGUGCCUGAGGGGGGAAGGGGUAUCUGUGUGUGUCUCUCUGACAAUUUCUUUGGCUUUUUCACUCACUAUCGCUCUCUUACCCUCUGUUUCUUGAGCUACUACAUUCUUUCUCUCUGUCUCUCUUCCACUCUGUCUCUCUUUUUAUAUCUAUCCAUAUAUGGGUACAUACACAUCUGACAUAAAAAUAUCUCUAGGGACCUCACAGAGAUCUGGUGACAAUCAAAUAAGAUGACUCAAAUGCUUUUGAAGUAUUUUGUAAUUUUUACAGUGCAAAUGUACUUAAACAGUUCUUAUUUUGUAAGACUUGUUACUGAAAAACUGUUUGAUUGUGGUGGAAAACACAGAGCUGGUUGGGAGACUUAAGUUCUAGCCCUGUUUUCAAGAAUUUGCUGUGCAAUCUGAGGCCAGGCUGUAAACCUCUGGAAGUCUGUUUCUUCAGAAAUGGCAGGCAAGGUUAUACUAGCUGAGCUCUGGGCCCUUUUGCAAGCUCUGUUUUUCUUCUUGAAUCUCUAAUCUAGUGGACUGGGGAGAAGUGAAGUUUUCCCCUAUUUUUGUCAGAUUAUGGUAUGAUUCCUGGGUACUUUGAUGCCAGUAGAUUCUGUAUAUGCCCAGUGAGUGGCACAGAUGAAGCUUCCCUGUCUCUACAGCUGGUCUCAUGGGACUGUUACCUGGGAGAACUAGACACCCACAUGGUUUCUGCUUCACAGCCAUCAGAAUAACAGGUUUAAAAAUCAUCUGCAGAUUACAUUCCUCUGGGGGCAAACUUUCCUGACGUUUGUACUUAGUUUUAAUUGUAGGAGGAAGCCUUCUCUGUUUGGCUCAUCUAUUUGAUAUACUGAAUUUACCCAAAACAGACGGGGCCCUUUGUUCCAGCACUUCGGCACAUUGGCUUAUGCCAUUUUGUAACCUUACGUGCUUCUAUGUUGUUAAGUUGCAAAGCUUUCUGUGUUCUUAUUGCUAGUCGGUGUUGUCUGGGACGCCCGUAUCCACACCAAAAGGGAGCCGGGCUCCUGUAAUUGUGGCAAUGUUUACUUCUUCCCAUCAGUGUAUCCGCUCUCUUUUCUGAAGUAAUCACUGUAAUUACACUUCUUCAGUGAGUUGUGCUCUAUUGUGUCACCAGGCCUAUCUGCUCAACAUCACUGUGUUUUCUUAUCUGAGUGCUCUCAAAUGGGGCAAGUGAGAUGUGUUGGCAGGCCACCUUCAAUCAAAUUAAUGUGAGACCAGUGUAUUGUCAACAGACAUGGUGGCGGUCCCUAUUUAUCCUGUUUCCACAGAAUGGUACAGUAACUGACCUAAUGUUUAUAAUGGAGUGUUUAUUUGGCCGAGAGGUGCAUAUAUAGGCUAAUCCUUAAAGAACAGUAAUAAAGUCUAUCUUCUUACUACUUGGACUUUAUUGUCAUGCCAAUGGAACAUGUUACAGCUGUGUUUUUGUAAAAAAAAAAAAAAUGAAGUGAGGUGAAGUGUUUGGAUUUAUCAUCGUAAAAUUUUGGAUAUGCCAGGACUCCCAUGGCUUGAAAAGUAAAAUGUUGGUUAUGAGCCUCUGUCUUUUUAGCUUAUUACCUCAGUGUAUGUUUUCAACAAAAUGCAUAAUACUCCUAAAGCUUUAUUAUAGAGUUUCCGUUAUAAGUAACAUGGAAACAAUGGCUUAUGCCUUUAAAACACACAUCACAAUACUUGAGUAAUUUUAAUUUUACUUAACAAAAAGAGGAUGCAAUAGAACAAAGGCAUUUCUUUAUAUAGUAGCCCUAUGUUAAGUUAGUCCUAUAAUACAGUUGUAGAUUUUUGGGUACAUUUAUUUAUUCGAUUUAUAUUGCUCUUGAUUUGACAGUACAGCAAAAUUUCAACAAUCAGAAAAGGAAAUUUUCCAUCCAUUUACCAAAAGCUAUAUAUCCCAAAUUAUGUACUUAUUUUAAUACUCUAAAGAACAGGAGUAAGGAAAAAUAAUAAUUUUCAUCCUUAAUUUGUACUGGAAAUUGCUACAUGAUAGUGAUCAAAUUAAAUAUGCAAAUAUAAUCCAUGUUCUGGAUUUCCUAAUGACUUAUUCUUAUAGUUAGAAGUUUGGAGGAUCGUCUCACAUGUACAAGGAACUUUUGUUCUCCAAUUUAUGGAAAUUAGAGAAUGACUGACCUGGUCAUACACCUUUUCUUAAGUAGAUGUUGAGGAUCGGGCCCCAGCCCAUGUUUUUUAAGCAUAUGUAAUUAUAACUCAGACCUCAUAUUCCAUGCAGACAGUGCCUUCAUGUGAACAAGCUUAGAGUAGAUCUUAAUAUUUUUAUGUAAGGUAUUUAAUAGAUCAUUCUGUGGACUUACCCGAAAAAAUAACCAACACAACUAAAAUGAUACUUCUAUGAGAAGAUAUUCCUGAUGUACUAAAGGGACUCUUGGAAGACAUUCUAACUUGUAGGCUGGUGACAUCACAGUAGUAUAUUUUCUUUUUGAAACAAUAUCUAAAAGCAUAAAAGGCAGGAAUGUCCCAUUUAAUUCCUAAAUGAAACACGUAACAUUUGGAUGAGGAAAAACAGCAUAACUACAAAUGCUUCCCCUUUUAGUAAUGGCCAGCUUUUCUCUAUAAAUGACUGGGGAGUCACCCCAAAAGAUUAUAUUAACAAUCUAUUAUUUUUUUUUAUCCAAUAGAACAUAGCAACUGGAGGAAAAAAAAAAUGUUAUUUUAAGAUUUUAAAAUAAUUUCUCCCUCCAAAGCUGACACUCUAUAAAUGAGUUUUGCACCUCAAGAUAUUGCCAUAAAGUUGCAGACCACCAGAGAUAAGGGUAGUAACCAGGGAGAUUAAUUAAUGAUCAACUAAUGAUUUCUGUUAAUUACUAUACUAAUAAGUUUAGUGUUGCUUAUAUUUUACAUUUAAUUUUAAAGUUUGUUGUGCUGUAUAUGGUGACUAGUAUUGUAAUUAUAGAUUGGUUCUUGGGGCCCACUCAUUUACUUCCUUGUAUAAUUAGUUACAACUGUGUUCUCUAAGUCUGAAUUAUUCUCAGAUGUUAAUUGGCUUUUAGAAUCUCUCCUCACAUUUCGUUAUUAAAAAAGAUUCAUCAGAGGAGACUAGUUAGGAAGCGCUUACGGUUAAGGACUGUUUUCUUAUAAGUAUAACCAGCUUUACCUCAAAACAUUAUUUCUAGAGGAUGACCUUGUGUCAUUUCCCAAGCAAGGGAACUGUGUUAGACACCUGCCCUCACACCUGCUGGAUUAUGGGGAAGCAAGAAUAAGAUGGGGGUGGUGGUGCAGCAGCUCAGUGUCAAGGAGCCAAAGGACUCCUCUGCUCACCAUGACUAUCACCCAUGGCUUGGGGGUGAGAAUGUGACAGGAGAGGUAGAGAAUCCUGCCCAGGAAGCAUGAUAACCCUAUUCCCUUCUCCUUGUUAAUUUAAUCCUUGCUAUGCUCCUUCCAACAACUCCACUUUAUUUGGAAUAUCUUGGCUCUGUUGAUGUAUUCUUUAUGUGUUUGCUAUUUUUUCUCUGCAUGCUACUGCCUAGUAUCCAACAUGGAGGAUGUUGUCCCCAUUCUGCUUAGACGUAAGGUGUUCUUGGUUGCCAAUGCUAGGUCCCUUCUUGAAUGGAAGCCAACUUCUGACCAUCAUUAUACCACAGUUCUCAUGAUCUAAGGACACUUCUUUUCUUGAACAUACCAAAACCUUUCAUAUCUGUAAAGCUUUUACAUACAUUGUUACGUCUGUAUGCCAUUCCACUUUUCCAUCCUACAAGACUUAGAUUUAUUUAUUCAUCUGAUAUAUAAUUAAUAAGGAGCUACAUGGACUAAGAACUGCGUUAGCUAGUGGUGACAGAGAGAUGACUUAUCUUCAGUACUUGUCUUUGAGAACUUAAGAGUCCUGACAGAAGGUAUUCCUUCCUCUGAGUACCCAUAGCAUUUUAUACAUUUUAGGUUGUCUUAGAUACGGCAUACUCUCCCACCUUCCCGUUUCUCUAGUCCCUAGAGUUAGUUUCUUAGCAUAACAUUGUAGAAAUAAAGAAGGCCUUAGGGAUCGUCUAAUUUAACUCCAUUUGUAGAUGAGGAAACAAAUGAUCAAAGGGCUAAGUGAACACAACUAAUUACUUGAGCUGAGACUAAUUGCCCAGACUUGUUUUCUCCUAAAUCUAGCAUUGUCGUUCACUGUCCCACCGGCUUUGCAAGUAUUUCUAGAAGCUUUUGGGAAGCAGUCAUUACUUCUCUUGGAUUACUAGGGUGCUAGUCAUUAGCAUCAGCCUAGCCUAACAGUGUGUGAAACUAGACCAUAAUGGCUAAAGAGGAAAUAUACUUUCAGAAAACAAAUUCUCAGUGAGUAUUUUACAUGCUGGGAGUCAUGACUCAGCCAUGCACAAAUGACCUAAGCCAGAAUAUUCUAAAGUGACGGAAAAAGAAUAUUUCUUUUACCUAAAAUGACAACCAAAUGCGUCUAUCUAGUUAGGUUGGUAUAUGAUUAUAGCACAACAGUUUUGAGAGACAAGUGUUCUUUAUUACUGAAAUGCAUCAUAAUGCAUAACCCUGAAUUCUGCUGGAAAUCUUUGGAGCCUGAGUGGUCUAAAGAACAUAGGUUCUAUAAACACAUGGACCCCAGACUUCUUUACUAGACUUUAAGUGGGAAAUGAAGGAUAAGCUCAUCCCUACUUGUUACCAACACAGGUCGUGGUAUGACUCUAAGAAAAAUAUUUUGUAUCCACUAAAUCUGAUUUAUCUUUAAGGGUUCCACCCAUGAGAUUUGCUGCCAUUGCAAUUCUGUCUUUUUUUCCUCAUCAGUUCUCCACCUCCUUUGCCUCUGGAGGACUAUCUUUGAAAUUAUGAUUACUUUCUAGCAUAUGGAUUUUUAAUUUUCUGAAAAGGUAUAAAGCAGCCAGGAUUGGAUAAUGGAAAGCUCCCCAGACUGGUGCAGGACUUCUUGGUUCUCAUUCGGAUGCUGCUGCUACUGAGAUGUAAGAGCUCUGGGCCUCCCCCCGCGUCAAGUGUAAGAUGCAGGGGCUGAACGAACGGCCUUCAAAGUCCCUUCAAGCUCUGUGAUUCAGUGAUAGGAAAUUGAAGCUUUGGCUGUUAAUUUUUCCAUUGAUUUCUGAAAUUCUCCUUUAGUAAUCCCUGACUCUGAAAUAAGUCAAAUAUAAAAAUAGCAUGAUGAAGUUACUGUCGACACUCUCUUUAAAUAACUUUAAACUGGGGCGCCUGGGUGGCUCAGAUGGUUAAGCGUCUGCCUUCGGCUCAGGUCAUGAUCUCAGGGUCCUGGGAUCGAGUCCCGCAUCGGGCUUCCUGCUCCUUGGGAGCCUGCUUCUCCCUCUGCCUCUCUCUCUCUCUCUCUCUCUCUCUCUCUGUCUCUCAUGAAUAAAUAAAAAAAAUAAUAAUAACUUUAAACUGCACAAUCCUAGCUUUUCAAAAUGAAGUUUGGGGAAAAUCCAUUUUCGGAGAGUUCAUAAUUAACAUGCAUUGUAUAAGCAGCUACAGCAGCCUACUCUUCAUUAUUAACAUAUAGCAUAGUUUGUCAAUUCACUGGUGAAUGCUUCCAGUUUCGGGAAGCCCUCUGGGUAAAGCCCUGCUUAGCAGGUUUAAUGUGAAGAGUUGGUGUCAUCCUAAUCAGCUGUCCCUGACAGAGUAAACAUGGUUCCGUCUGUGCUGUCCCUCCCUGGCUGGCUGUGGGUUUCCAGCCCACUGAGCACUUGAUGCCAAACAGUCUGUUAAGGGACAAGGAAGAGACUCUUUGGGGAUCCCUGGUAUUUAUCGCUGUUUAGGAAACUUGAGGUUCAAAGGGCCAGGACUCAUAUACACCAGUUUUAUUCUAAAUAUUUGAUUUGAUUAAGGACAUGUUGAGGGAUUAUUAGCUUUUUUGGCUUUUUUUCUUUAGCAUAAGAUGACACUGCUGUUCUGCUCAGGUGUGUUUUUGUUAACCCUGUCUUUUGUGUAACUAAAUAUAGUUCAAAGACCUGGCAUACCAUCCAAACUGUCGGGUUUUUUUUUUUUUUUUCAAGUGAAUAAGUCUUGAUUUGUUAUCCAACUCUGAGAUGUUGCUCACAUAAGAAAGUUCAUUUCCAGAGAAAUGAAUCAAAUUGCUUUUUAAGUAUGGACUCUUAAAAGUAUAAAACAUAUUUAAAGUCAGUUGUUACAAAUGAUUGUUUCCUGAGCAGAAAUGUAUAAAAUAAAAACAACCAUAACUUAAUUGUAGAAACACAUGUGUAGACACACACGUAACUAUAUAUAUUAGGGAGAUAGGGUGGCAGGAGGAGGUGCGCUGUUGAAAGAAAAUGGUACAAUGAGUAGCUAGCUGGUGGGGGUUUUCACGAAAAUGAUUAGGAACAGACUGAAUCUUCUUAAUUCUUGCAUUCUUGUUCCUUAGUUCAAAGUUGUGAAAUUUUCCAGUUCAAUAUGUCCUGCAUUUGUUAACUUGAUUAAACAUAUUGAUUUUUCAUAAUUAAAAGGCAGUUUACUAUUUUAUAAUGAUGUGCUAAUUCUAAAGUACAUGGAAGUUUUCUCCAAAAGCUUUUUAUUUUAGAAGUAAAUGUAAAGGUAAUAUGAAACUUCUUUACACGUGUACAAGUGUGUGUACGUAUCUGUAGUUUCAUAAUAGCUUUUUAGCAGAGUAGUUAUUGUAACACUAAAGACAACACUUGAAGAAGAAGAAGAAGAAGAAGAAGAAGAAGAAGAAGAAUACAAUAAGCAUUCUGUUUGAAAAUGUGUUAAUUAACCUAACUUCAUGCCUAAAAUAUUCAUGUAUGUAUCUAUUUAUGUUUACAAAAAACUAAAUAUUAGAACGUCAGGUGAAGAGCAAUAAACUACGUAGGUAAAGUACAAAAGGAAUCCCCAGUGCAUUUUAGUCCUCCCUGAGAAAUUUAGAAGAGACAACUUUUAUUGGUUGAAAAAUAAUUGAUUUCGUACUUGAAAAAUAAUGCCUUUGGGAUUUUUGUUGUUUUGUUCAAGGUGUAACUUUUUCCUAUUUGGUUUCAAUGUAUCUGUGCUCAUUCCCCACUGAAGAGAGUAAUGGAAUUUUCAGGAAUAUCUUUAAAAUGUACAUUAAAACAAAUUGUGUUUUUAAAACAAUGUAUCCGAGGAGCUAUAGCCAGGGUUUUAGCAGACUGUUGGCCUCAGAGCAGUGUAGGAAGUGAUCAUUGUAGCAACUGAGUCUGAAUUUUUUCUCUUACAAAGAUCUGAGGGAACACAGUAUAUGUUUGCCAUGUGUAACUUCUACUGGGUAGGAGAUUUAUUGCCUUUAAAGUAAUCUGCACAAUAGAGCCUGUAAUUAUAGAUUGUAACAAAUGCAUCAGGGCAAGUGGUCUUGCCUGAAAAAGUUUAAACUUUUCUCUGGCACAUGUCACAUUAACGUUGAAAUGAUUCAAGUGCUAUUUUUCAGUAUGAACCAUUUUAAGUAGAAAAAACACCCUGAGAACUAAGCCAGUCAUAAGAAAUAAUGCAAAAUCAUAUUUUAGAGAUAUAAAGCAAUUCGUAGUUAGUCUUUAUAUUUUUUUCAGGUCAAGAACAUUGAAAAAGAAAAUAAAAAUAUUUUCUUGUUCACCUUGAGUAUGAUUAUCGUUUCAUUUUUAUGAUGAAUUCUAUUAUUCUACUUUUAUUAGCAAGCAAAAAAAAGAAAAACAAAACAUUAAUUUUAAAUAAGGGCCCAUAAAAAAUUCUGUACUUAUUGGGAUCUGUAAAAAAAAAAAAUCAGUUUUGCUUACUGGAAGGGUAAAAUGCUGUUUAAUAUACUUCUCUCUUUGCAAUUAGAUUAGAUUUCUUUUAGUGGAGAAAAACUCAUAAAGGAUACAGCCUUGGAGAUGUAAUAUGCUCUAACAUAUUUAAAUAAUUAGACUUCUGUCUCAUUGAAAUGUAUGUGCUCUAGGUUUGAUAGUGAUAAAAGCAUGAAUAUUAGUAUGAUUAGGAAAUUACAUCAUGUCACAGCAUAAUUGAUUGAUUGAUAGCUGAGUGAAAACUAACCAUAAAGCACGUGAAAAUAAAUGCCUGUUCAGUAGUUAUUCGGGCAGAAUUUUUACAUCUACCCAGUUGCAAGAUUAGUAACUGAAAUGCUCAUCUCCCAAACGAAAUAGAACGGAUGUUUCUUCCUUUUUUUUACUCUGCGUGUGUGUGUGUGUGUGUGUGUGUGUUCACGCACUUUCAUUAUAACACUGGCAAGGAAAAGAAUACGAUUCAAAGUGCUUAGUGCUCAACUCAGGAGCUAAUUGUUCCUCAAGACCUGUCAGAUGGACACUAGAUUACUAAUUGACUCUAUGAGCAAUUAGUGUUUGGGAAUUUCCUUUCAAAGUCUCAAGUUUUAAAUGUAAAACUUCACUAACACAAGUGUGGAUGCUCUUUUUACUCAUCUCUUGAGAAUUGAAUUUCCCAAACAUUUAAACUACCAUUAAUUUUUAAAAAGCAUUUUGUCUUUUUUUUUUUCUGUUUGUGCUUUCGCUUUCUCAUUCCCUGCCCUAAUCUAUUAAAGAUUCCUGCUCACACAAGUCUUUGGCAACACUCACGCUAGUGGAGAAGGGCUGGAGAAGCGAGACCACUGCAGGAUUCUCUGUUUCAAAGCUGAACCAAUAUUCACCAUUGACAUAUCCAUUCAUCUGUGCAGGGUCAUUGGAAAUCCUCUCUCUCUAGUUUUUCCUUCCCUUCAGGGAGCAAUGCUUAAAAGAGCAAACCCCUGGUGUGAAGAGAUAGGAGAAUUCUCAGCAUGGCCAAUGGUGCCAGGAAUCGAAUUAAAGUUGUCCAUUUGCAGAUGACCAGCUGUUAGAGCUCCCAGCACAUGGAGGCCCUGUGCUUUCAGUUGAUGCUUUGUUUACUUGAAAUUCUGUCGGUGGCACUUCAGUUUAAUUUUUUUUGAUGGCAAAAGUCGUAUCAUGCCAAAAAUAUGCCAGGAGGGUAACAACACUAAGAUAUGUGCUGCUCAAGAGACUUAUAACACUUUAUUAGGUUCCCAAGGCUUGCUCAAGGAAAAAUAAAAAUUUUAAAGCUUUGCAGGAAAGGACUGUGCUCCACGUUGCAGUAGCCAAAAAAAAAAAAAAAAGUUAAAUCAUUACUGAAUUCACUUCUCUUUUGAGGAAUUUAAAACUUGUCAUUUCUUCUGCAAUUAUUGACAUUCCCAGAUCCAUUUUGGCAUAAAUCACAUUUUGAUACAACUGAACCCACAAUUUUUUUUUUUAAAGAUUUUAUUUAUUUAUUUGAGACAGAGAGAAUGAGAGACAGCAUGAGAGGGAGGAGGGUCAGAGGGAGAAGCAGACUCCCCGCCGAGCAGGGAGCCCGAUGCGGGACUCGAUCCCGGGACUCCAGGACCAUGACCUGAGCCGAAGGCAGUCGCUUAACCGACUGAGCCACCCAGGCGCCCAGAACCCACAAUUUUGACUAUCUUCAUAUGCAUUAUCUCUUCUUGGUGAGAGGCACUCGGAAGACACGUGCUGCCAUCAAAUCUUAGAUGCCCGAAGUCAGCACUGAAGGUGUUUUCUCCAGUUCGAUUUUCUUUGUUAUCAUAGGAGGCGUUCGCGUGGCUUAACUGGUUGGGCAAAGUUAAGAACUGUCAGAAUUAGCUUUGCAAGGAAAGAUUUGAAAACCCCGGGAAGAACGUAACCUGUUCAGGAGACGGAAGUUGAGAAUACGUAGUCCUCCUGCCAAGUCCCCGAGAACCAAGCAUGUUUCAACGAUUGUCAGCUUUGAGUUUGUGAUUGCCACUGGUUCGUUAUGUUUCUACUUUCACUUUAAUUUCUCUCCGUUUUAUUUGCAAAUAGUGAAGAGUGCCUGGCACAAGUAGGUCCUCAAUAAUCUUUAUUGAUAGAAUGAAUAAAUGAUGUUUAAUAUUUUUUAUUUAUAAUUAAGAUUUUUUUAUUUUGCUUUGUUUUUUUAGUACCUCAUUAAUAAAAAAUUGUCAUGUGCUUUACUUGGCAAAUUCUAUUUAAUGCUUACUUUCCCCCAGAUACAAGUUUUACAUAUAUCCCUAGGAUUGCAUUUGGAAAAACGUGGGAAAUACAUGUGCCCUAAGCAUCUAUACCUAUUCAGAUGUCUCCUGGCUACAGUUCGUUGUGCGGCGGCUUGUUCCUACCACCUUCAUUAUAAUAUCACCCUUGGAAAGCAGAGACUCAACAACAGAACUGAGAGGCAGAAAGGAGCCAGUUGUAAUUCAUACCGAGUUGUAGGCUUUGUGCGAUGAAAGCGAUGGAGCGCUGCCUGGGAGAUUGCUUUGCUGCACUCCACGAAGCAGAUUUGAAACUGUCGUGGAGCACUUUAGAUGAGAGUUGGAUUAUGGAAUGACCUGCUAUGUCUGUGUCAUAUUGUUCUGCGCAGGGAGCAUUAUACUGUGCUAACUAGGUGUUCAGUACCAAAUAAGAGAGGGGUCUUAGAUGUGAUCUGUCAGCUGUGUCUCAUUUCUAUAUUGGUUAAAAUAUAAAACAGAAACUCUGAUGUGAAGAGACAGGAUGGCUAGACGUUGCACAUGUUAAUACUAUCACGUGCCCGGUAGUUAAAAGAUAUGCAUAUUUCAUUGUAAGGACCUGUUACCGAAUUCUGAUUUGGCAGAAAUGUGUGUGUACAUAUAUAUGUGUUCCUGUGUGUGUGCAGCGAGUAACUCGACAGGCUUAACAGAAAUCGAUGGGCUCAUUACUUAAAAAUGAACAAAGAAUGAGGUCUUCUACAGAGUUUUUGUUUAAAUUCGGUUUACUUUUUAUACAGGACUGAAGUCCAGUCCGUUUUAAAGUGUACAUACCGUACAGGGUCCCAGUGGAUAUCACAGGCUGUGGGAAUUCUUUGCAGCGGCUCUAUCGUUAAUGGAAGAUAAUAGGCUUGAAGAUGCAGUGGACGCCGGAGCAUGCCCAGUGGCCAGAACAGCACUUUGACAUCACCUCAACCACUCGGUCUCCUGCCCACAAAGUGGAAGCCUACAGAGGUCAUUUGCAGCGCACCUAUCAGUACGCCUGGGCAAACGAUGACAUUUCUGCUCUGACUGCAUCCAACCUACUCAAAAAAUAUGCAGAGAAGUAUUCCGGCAUUUUAGAAGGCCCCGUGGACCGACCCGUACUCAGCAACUACUCCGAUGCCCCAUCGGGCCUCGUGAACGGUCGGAAAAAUGAAAGCGAACCCUGGCAGCCUUCCUUGAAUUCCGAGGCGGUUUAUCCCAUGAACUGCGUUCCGGAUGUUAUCGCUGCCGGCAAAGCUGGAGUCAGUUCAGCCCUCCCUCCAGCAGAUGUCUCUGCGAGUAUAGGGAGCUCUCCUGGGGUGGCCAGCAACCUGGCAGAACCGAGUUACUCAAGUAGUACCUGCGGGAGCCACACGGUACCUAGUCUCCACGCAGGGCUCCCGUCUCAGGAAUAUGCCCCGGGAUACAACGGAUCGUAUUUGCAUUCUACUUACAGCAGCCAGCCCGCACCGGCACUUCCCUCACCUCAUCCUUCUCCCCUGCAUAGCUCUGGGCUCCUCCAGCCGCCGCCGCCGCCGCCGCCGCCGCCACCAGCCCUGGUCCCAGGCUACAAUGGGACUUCUAACCUCUCCAGUUACAGCUAUCCCUCCGCUAGCUACCCUCCUCAGACGGCUGUGGCACCUGGGUACAGCCCUGGCGGUGCACCUCCUCCUCCUUCAGCCUACCUGCCUUCAGGAAUCCCUGCUCCUACCCCUCUGCCCCCCACCACUGUCCCUGGCUACACCUACCAGGGUCAUGGUUUGACACCCAUUGCACCCUCGGCUCUGACAAACAGUUCGGCAAGUUCCCUUAAAAGGAAAGCUUUCUAUAUGGCAGGGCAGGGAGAGAUGGACUCCAGUUAUGGAAAUUACAGCUAUGGCCAACAGAGAUCUACACAGAGUCCCAUGUAUAGAAUGCCCGACAACAGCAUUUCAAACUCAAAUCGGGGGAAUGGCUUUGACAGAAAUGCUGAAACAUCAUCCUUAGCAUUUAAGCCAACGAAGCAGCUAAUGUCCUCUGAACAGCAAAGGAAAUUCAGCAGCCAGUCCAGUAGGGCUCUGACCCCUCCUUCCUAUAGUACUGCUAAAAAUUCACUGGGAUCAAGAUCCAGUGAAUCCUUUGGGAAGUACACGUCGCCGGUAAUGAGUGAGCAUGGGGACGAGCACAGGCAGCUCCUCUCUCACCCAAUGCAAGGCCCUGGACUCCGUGCAGCUACCUCAUCCAACCACUCUGUGGACGAGCAACUGAAGAACACUGACACGCACCUCAUUGACCUGGUAACCAAUGAGAUUAUCACCCAAGGACCACCGGUGGACUGGAGUGACAUUGCUGGUCUCGACCUGGUAAAGGCUGUCAUUAAAGAGGAGGUUUUAUGGCCAGUGUUGAGGUCAGAUGCAUUCAGUGGACUGACGGCCUCACCUCGGAGCAUCCUUUUAUUUGGACCUCGGGGAACAGGCAAAACAUUAUUGGGCCGAUGCAUAGCUAGUCAGCUGGGGGCCACGUUUUUCAAAAUCGCCGGUUCUGGACUCGUUGCCAAGUGGUUAGGAGAAGCAGAAAAGAUUAUCCACGCCUCUUUUCUCGUGGCCAGGUGUCGCCAGCCCUCGGUGAUUUUUGUCAGUGACAUUGACAUGCUUCUCUCCUCUCAAGUGAGCGAGGAACACAGUCCAGUCAAUCGGAUGAGAACGGAAUUUCUGAUGCAGCUGGACACUGUCCUGACUUCAGCUGAGGACCAAAUCGUAGUAAUUUGUGCCACCAGUAAACCAGAAGAAAUAGAUGAAUCUCUUCGGAGGUACUUCAUGAAACGACUUUUAAUCCCACUUCCUGACAGCACAGCGAGGCACCAGAUAAUAGUACAGCUGCUCUCACAGCACAAUUACUGUCUCAAUGAUAAGGAGUUUGCACUGCUCGUCCAGCGCACAGAAGGCUUUUCUGGACUAGACGUGGCUCAUUUGUGUCAGGAGGCAGUGGUGGGCCCCCUCCAUGCCAUACCAGCCACAGACCUUUCAGCCAUCAUGCCCAGCCAGUUGAGGCCCGUUACGUAUCAAGACUUUGAAAAUGCUUUCUGCAAGAUUCAGCCUAGCAUAUCUCAAAAAGAGCUUGAUAUGUAUGUUGAAUGGAACAAAAUGUUUGGUUGCAGUCAGUGAUAACUUCUUAAAAAAAAAUGUAAUGAAUGUUGGCACACACGCAUAAAACCUGCUACAUAGGGUCUAGAGCCCCUUUCCAGUAGUGUUUAAAUCACAAAGGGUACCGGGGAAGAUGACGAUUGAGUUGCAUCUUUACAGUCAGGGUAGAUUUGGAGGAAAAAAAAAAACGCAUCAAAUGAGAGCUUCUGAUUUGAGAGCCCCAGAGGACAGAAAGCAUCUGUUGAUGCUCAGUUCAGUUCAAGCUAGACAACACUCACCAAGGAGCAAGGUGCAAGUGUGUUGAUUUCAGAAGGACAUGAACCUCGUGUGUUGAUUCCAUUCUGCUAUUCUCGAGAUUUAGUUGCUGUCAAGUGCCUGGAGUGGUGCUUUAUUUUUUGUUUGCCUCACAAUUACAUUGGUGGCAUGUGCUAAUAUAAAGAGCUUUAACUUCAAACAUUAUUGGACUAAAGAGAUGAACGGUUGUGUGACGACAGAAAACCAGAUUUUUGCCAUUUUAAGAGCAACAGUAUUCCUCAAUCCUGUCUGUUCUGCAGUAUUAAGCUAAGAACAGGUAAAACAGGGUAACGGUAAUCUGGACCUUAAUUUCUGCAGUUCAUUUCUUUUAAUGUUCUUGUCUGCAAAAACUCAGGAAAGCGAUUGUGAUUUGUACAGUACCUCAAAGGAAUGUGUUGAAAGCACUAUGUACUGCUGAGAGUAAUGGGAUAGGCUUCAAUGUUACUUUAUAUUAAAAAUGUAUGUUUACCUCAACAAUUGGAAAAUAGCAAGGAAAAUUACUUUGAAUGUAUCCGGAAAAAAUACUGACGUGUGAUACAACUGAAUAUUUACAAUUUAAAGUAGAAAUGGAAGGAUUUUUUAAAAAAAAGAUUCUUUUACUAAUUAUGGGGAAUUAACCAGAGCAGAAUAAUUCUUUAUGUCAAAAACUGCAAGAGUUCUUCGUACAUUGCUCCUUGAUAAUGAAGUGAAAAUGUUCUUAAAAGGUACACUGGUUAAUGGAAAGCUACUUAUUCAGUUCAUGUUAGUGUCUAGAACACUCGGCCACAAGACCUGCUUAGGACCCUGAAAGUCACAGUACCUAAAACCUAGGACUGCCUUUUACUGCAUAGUUGGUGGUGGUGGUGGUGGUGGUUUGCGAGUUCUCUCAAAACUGCUGGGAAUGGUGUCCUUCUAUUCACUAAUCUAGCUUAUAGGCUUGCCGUGCUGUUUGAUAGAAUGCAGAAGAUAGCAAGCAAAAACAAACAAACAAAUAGAAAACCAACCAACCAACUUCUCUAUAUCCACAAAGAACAUCUACAUCCCCUCUCCUUUUUGACUCCUCUCUUCUCAGUGCAAUUUUGCUUCUCAUUUUGAAAUCUUCUGGGCUAUAGUGCUCCCACAUUCAUUUCUACCUCAGUUUUGUUACAUUUCUCUUGGAGAGUAAAAUAGAAAAUUGGAAGUGGACACACACACACACACACACACACACGAGCACGCACACACACAACUCUAUCUUGUCAAACACGUUACUUUGUUUUCUGCCUUUUCCCAUAAAUCUAGUUUCCAAAAACAUCGGUCUUCAUGCUUGCUUCCGCCUGAGUCCACCCCCACCCCAGAAUAUGUGGCAUUUUUCUUACUUACCCAUUCUUCUUCUGCUCCCCUCCAAGUUGUUCUUUGUAUCCUUUAAUGCUUUAUGUGCAACUUUUCAUUGAUAGCUAACCGAUGUUCGGCAAUGUCCCUGAACAGACAGUAUAGGCCGUAGCUUUCCAAAGCCACUGCCCGUGCAUAAGCAGAACAGCCUGGCUUUUUGAAUGUAUUUUUCCUGCUUUUUUUUUUUUUUCCUUCCUUUUUUUUUUAGUUGAGAGAUGCAGUAACAAAACUGUUGCAAAGCACUGGCAUUUUAUGUAUUCAAAAAGUGAUGUACAUUUUUUAAAAAUUUAAAUAAAUGCAAUGAGAAGCCCCAAGAAAGCUCUUUCUGUUAUUGUUUUUUUUCUUCAAAAAUUUUGACUGAUUUCAUUCACAAUGUCAAAUUCUCUGAAACACUUAACAUAGAGAAAGCUAAUGAAGGACUUCAUCGUAUUUCUGAAAUUUUCUGAUGCUUGAUCAUUACUCCCCUUUUUUCGUAUUUUUCGUGUUGCAAAAAACUGAGCAAAUGAACCAAAAUUUAAUUUACUGUGAUAGUCUUAUCAAUUAAAACUGUGCUUAUAUAUAAAUAUUCCAUAUUAAAAAGCAGUGCCUUUCAUUAAGGAUACAAAAAAUAAUAUUUAAAUAUGUCCUCUGCUUUUCAUGAGUGAAUAAAUCCUAUAAUCGUGUUCUGGCUCUACCCUGCACAUCUCUUAGUGUAAGGAAAUUCUAAUAUCCCCAUUAACUUGUAGGUUCAUAUUGAUCUCGCUGACAAGUUUACUUUUGCACAGUGCUGACCUAUUUUCUGUCUCUUAGACAUUACAUUUCAUUUCUGCCAACAUGCUGUGUUCACUUGAAAGCAACUGGCAAGUUUUGACAAACCCAGUCUUAUUUAGACAACUUUGGAAAAUCCAAUAUUGACCCACAUUUUUGUGGCUAGUAAGAGUUAAUGCCAAAUAUGACUGCACUAUUGUGUUUUACACUCGUUUAUAAAACUGAAAAUAAGUUGAAGUCAUACAUAUUGGCUUGUAGUUUUAAGUGACUUAAAAAUUACUUUGAGAGAUGAGUGGUCAGAGAUCCAUGUAUUUAGGCAGAAGCUGAAGCCUUGUGUGAAUUUCAUUUAGCCUCAUGAAUUCUUGGAUUUGAUCUCUUAGGAAAUUGGGCAUGCUGAAGAAAUGAAGAUCUGUUGGGGGAGAUAAGGCUGACCUCUGAGUAGAUAGUGCUCUCCUGUGAUUCUUUGAUUCUGCAUGGCAGCAUUAUGAGCUCUUCUAUGGACUAGCCUAAUAAUGAGCUCUUUUCUGACCAUCCCUUCUGGAGCUUGGGGUGGGGGUGGGGUGCCACAUCCUGAGAAGUGAAUGCGUACAAUCAGUGAUAGUACAACUGAGUAAGUGGGCUUCGUACUCUUGGCCUCUUUUUGACUGCUAAGAAUUUGGAGAAGGCUACUAAUGAAAGGUAAGGUAAUGAGCCAGCCCAAAUCCCUUGCCGUCUGGCCAGGGGAUUUGAGCCAGUCCACUUAAGAGUCCCUAAUUCUCUUCUUCAUAACUGCAAUAACAUUUCCAAUGGGAACAAAAAGGAAGUGAAGGAAACCACUUCAGUAGAAGGAUCGAUAGAAACUCAAGAGGUAGUUCAUGAUGACCUUAUGUGAGACACAAAUGGAAAUACCCUACUCUCCUGGCAUGCCUCUCACCAAAAUAUUUAGAACAUUAGUGACAAUAUGGAAAACUUUGCUGACUGAGCUGAUCAAUGGAAUGUGAAGGCAGUAUACUUUAAGGCUAUUUACUUUCACACAGAAUGUUUAUCUAUUAGUCAGUUUGUAUUCUACUCAAAUGCAGAUAGACGGGUAUAAUGUUUUCUUGUGCAUUUGAAACCUAUCAAGGAGAAAAUAAACCAUUCCACUAAAAUACAUAGGCCAAACACCAUCUGGGCAAGUGAUAAAAGCUAUCCAGAGGCUAUGCUAUGUAAAAUAGCAAGGUCAAUUUGCAUGGGCUGCAUAGUACUUGGCUAUGCAGUUUUCAGAAGAACACAUCCAAAAAAGUCCAAAUUGACUCCUACAAUAGGUCUUUGUAAAUUUACAUAUAUUGUGGGUUGGAAAAUAUAUUUUAGAGGCAUUUAGAAUAUGUUUCUCUAGAAACGUGUCCAACUCCAAACAGAAAGUUACUUCUAUAAUCCCAUUCUCAUGUUUCUUAACAAGAACUGGCUAUCGUGAUCAUUGAAACUGUAUUUUGCGAAGUGAAAGGGACACAGUUUGUUGAACUAUCGAGGCCACUAAGGUAAAGUUCUAAGAUAGAUAUAUAUAUAUAUGUAUAUAUAUAUAUACAUAUAUAUAUACAUAUAUAUAUAUAAAAUUAGUGUGUGUGUUUGUGUGUGUAUGUGUGUGCUGUUUUCACCACCACCUAUUUGAACUUUAACAUCCAUUUUACAUUAUUCAGAAGCAACUGGUUACUUCCUUUCUUCACAUGUGCAGAUACACAUGACCACUCGACAGCUCCAAGUGUUUUAAUAUGGUUUUUUCUUUUGAAAAGUAAAGCCUUCGGUUGUUGAAUCACUUGCCGAUCUUCAUAUGAAGCACAUUAGCAAACGUGGAGCUAUUAGUAUCUCAGAAUUCAAAACCAGCUGUACUUGUGACGAACCAACACAUGAACUGAAGCUCACACUCUGCUAAGACCUCUGGUUGACAUUCGAUUUUGAACCUGCCAGAUGCAUUUGUGUGAACCAGGGAUACUGCAUCUUUAAUGAACAAGUCUCUCCUCUUUCCCCUGUUUUUUAAAUACAACACAAGCAGUGUAGCACUAGGCACUGCAAUUGUCAAAGACAAUUAGACUGAAAGCAGGAAAAUUUCACCUCCCUGUCUCAGUGAUAUGUAGAAUGUCGGCAGCAUGGGUCAGCCUUGCCACAGAGUUGUGUGAGAAUAUAUGAAUCAGUCCUAUAGAAUGUUAAAUAUUUAUAAAAUGGUUCUGUAGUACACCAAGGUUGGGAGCACAUUCAUUCUUUCUUGUUGUCUUAUGAUAUUAAAAAAAAAGCAAAAGUUUAUUUCAGUCUCCCUUUCUCUCUCUCUCUCUCCCCUGUGUGUGUGUGUGUGUGUGUGUGUGUUUCUCCUCGUGGAUUAUAUACAGUUGCUAGAGAAUAUUCAUUUCUUUUUUUUUUCUUUUUUCAUCUGACGUGUAUUCAAACAUUGUUCUUUAUAACCAUUUCUACCUCAUUGCUACAUAUUGUACAUGUAGUAUUUAUUUGUUGUCUUUUUUUGAAUGUCAUGCAUUUCGUAAGAAAAAGACUUGUCCUUGAACUUGAACAGUCUACCUCAGAAAGACUGUCUUUACACUGAACAGUAUUAGCAACCUAAAUGAUAAGACGCAUUAGCGAAGUGUGGCAGGGUAGAUAAUGCACGAGUACUUGGGAUACUGAUGGACUUUUAAUUGUACUCAUAACACAAGACUGCUUAAAAGAACUUAAAAGAAAUUAUGCACUGUGUAGGUCUUCAUCAACGUCCCAUUUGGGGCAUAAUAUACAGAAUACAGCUUUAUUCUUAUGCGCCCAUCUCUGAGAAAUGUGUUAGCCUUCUCAAGUAUUUUACACUGGCAAUCUGGCUACUUAAAACAAACAACCUAAACAACAUUUUUAUAUGGUUUUGACUGACAACCUCAGCUCCGAAAUUUAAGGUAAAUAAUGGUAAUUAUUUUUAACUGCAGUUUUCAAUGAUUUCAAAUGCCUUCCUUCUAAUUCUAUGACUCCUGAUAUAAAUUAAAAAAGCAAGGCAGUUGCAAGGACAUGCACAACACUGAAAAGAAACCAAAAAAUUAAAAAUGGCACUUCCCAAAGGAAUUAACAACAUGGAGUCAUGGGUGCUUGUAAGUUCCGUAACUGAAAGCAUUUUGUUUCUGAUUUCCCUUUAUAACAUGUGUAUGUUUAUUGAAGUAAUUGUACAACUAAUGGCACAUCAAAUUACUUUGUAUGAAGUGUUUUAUAUUUUACUAUUUAUUUUAGCAUUCGUUCUUUUUCUUCACCAGCUCUAUAUUACAGUAGCAAAAGAACACUUACUUUAAAAAAAUGCCGAAAGGGGUCCACCACCCACCCAAUCGCUGAAUGGACUUUUGAAGUUGCUUGUCAGCAAAUUGUGGAUAUUUUACAAAAGCAAAUGAACUGUGACAAUCCACAACUCCCACAGAUGUGAAUUCAGAAAUACAUCUGAAACUCCCGGUAUGCCUGACAAUCUAUUCCUUAAGUUUCAUUAACAAAGUGGCAUCCAAUCCCUUCCCUUACAAUUCCUUGCAGGAAUGUAUUGUCUAGAGGCUGUCUAGUAGUGAUUAAGAGAGGGUUUUUGUUUUGUUUUGUUUACUGUAUUAGGUGAGGAAUGCCAUAUUUCUUGUCAGCUAACAGUACUUGUCUGAGACAGAAAUAAAAAAAAAAAAAAGAAAAA